AUGCCCUCCUACACCCGAAUUCCCUCGCUUUCUACCGCCUUGGAGCAGGAACGUCUCGAGCUGUUGCAGGAGGUGCAAGAGAAACGCAAAUCAAAGAAGCCCAGCCCUCCCCGAUCCAAGGGGGAUCAGAAUAACCACCACCAUCACAUCCAUAGCCCCUCCGUCGCCCCAUCACCCGGUGACCUCCCUCCGCGCCAUGGGUCCAUCGCCGGUAUUGGUGUUGGCGUGACUCCCCCGUCCGGUCGAAACGACGAACCUGAACCCUCCUCUUCUCCAUCGACUCCCCUUCGUGCCACCACCACCGCUGUAGCUCCUCCACCUCUACCGAAGCCCAAAACCACCACCUCCGGUCCUCCCGAACCUGCCGCCCGCCGGGCCAGUGAUCAGUCAUCCGACACGUCCAGGCCUGCUGAACAGAGACCCCGACCCAGCAUCCGUUGGGACGCCUCCGUGAGCAUGUCCCCCAGUGCCACCGGUCAUGGUGGACACCGCCGGAGUCUCCAGGUGCAGGAGAAAUCGGCCAAUCGAACAAUGCCUGGGAAAAAUGCAAUGGCGGCAGUGAUGUCAGGGCUCGACCUGAGCUUCAACCUCCCGAGCUUCAGUCGCGGUAGAGACUCCGGUCGCUCCAGCACCCGACGAGGCAACUCCUUGGAUUCUCGCUUUUCGGCCCCACGAUUUGCCCGCUCCAGCUCGCCGAAACAUCGCGUAGUUAGUCAGACCCCGCGCAACCCGGCGCCUUCCGCCAUGAAGCCGGUGGUCUCAGAGAAACCCAAGCCGACGGAGAAGACAGAAACGGAGAGCAUCGACAAGGAUGCGACUCCAGUCCCUCAGACGGACGCGCCCGACGCGCCCGACAGUGCCGUCAAGCUCCCCACCGAGGAGGAUCAGCGCUUGGAGAAGGACAAAUAUGACAGUGAAAACAAUCCCAUUGAGAGCAGUGAAGAAGAAGAGGACUCUUCCUCGAGCGAUGAUGAGAGUCCGCCCGAUGUGACACGCGGUCGGUCCCAAACAGCCGACCGGAGCUCGACAGACACCACGAGUGAACUGGAUACUGCUACGUCCGUAUCGCAACCAGACCUUGAAGACAAGUCAGAUUCAGCGUCGGACAAGUCGGAUUUUGUCCAUUCGUCCAAACUCGGGCCAAUCCCCAAGAAACCAGAUGUCCAUCCUCAAACCAGCUUCGACUCGCACUCCGCCACCAACACGCCGUUUGGAUCAGAGGACGAGGCCGAAUUGUCUGACAUCAAGCGGGCACAGAAGCUCGGCAUGCAGAUGUCGGCGAUUGAUAAUUCCGUCCAGAACCGGUCCAUUCGGACGAUCGUCCGCGGGGACUAUACCAACCUGCCCGAGUACACCGAUAGUGGGCGCCGGCGCCGGCGCAAAUAUAUGGUCGCCACCGACUUGAGCGAGGAGUCUGUCUACGCGCUCGAGUGGACUAUCGGUACCAUUCUGCGGGACGGGGACACCAUGUUUGCUGUCUGUGCGAUCUACGAUGAAUCGGCCUCCAGCGCCACCCAGAAUGGAGACGGCGCCAAGGCAAUGCAGGACGUGGCCGCGGUCGUCGGAUCGCAGACGGAAGAAACUACCCUUAAACCGAACAACGACUCAGGCACUAAUCUUCCCCGCGCCAUUCUGGGACGGUUGGGGACAGGCACGGAUAGUAAACCCGGAUCGGUUGAUUCUCGGGGCAUGUCAAAGACGGAAUCCGAGCGGGUUCGGGCGGUCGAAUCCAUCUCCCAGACCUGCGUUCGUCUGUUACGAAAGACGCUGCUCCAAGUGCGUGUGGCGGUCGAGGUGAUCCACUGCAAGAGCCCGAAGCACAUGAUCACGGAAGCUAUCGACGGGCUGGACCCGACACUCGUUAUUGUAGUGUGCUCCUGGGUUCGUUCUCAAACUACUUGGUGA